AUGCGCGCCUCUGCCGCCGUCAUGGCCGGCAUCCUGGCUCUCGCUCAAGCCCGCAUAAGGGGCAUAGCCGUGCCCGAGACCAUCAAGCCAGGCGACACCAUCAACGUCACCAUCGUCAACGAGAACUACAUCCAAGCCGUGUAUGACGUGGCCAUUGCAUUCGGCUACGCCCCCGGCCACGGGAUUCCCCAGAGCCUAGGACUCGUCGCAGGAUUAAUGUAUCUCGGUCCCCUUGAGUCGAACCAAGCGCACAGCUCCAUCAAGCAGCUCACCAUCCCCAAGGACGCCCCUCAAGGCGAGGCCCUCCUCACAUCCAGCUUGAUGAGCCUCUACGGCGCGGCGCACAUGCCCACCCUGACCAACUUCAACGUCUCCGUCACCUUUGGCCACGAGACAUCAGCCCAGUACGUCUACAACCAGCAAGACGGCUGCUGCUCGCCGCGCCACCCCCCAACGGAAGGACACUCCCCAGGGGAGUAA